AUGGGUUGGUUCUGGGGCAAGUCCGAUCAAGAGGAUCCCGUUAAAAAGCUGGACCCGGGUCUCCGAGAAUACCUCGAACAUGAAGCCCCCAAGAAAUACGUCCCUACGACCCCGGAGCCCCCCAAGCCGGUAGAUGCGCAGAAACAGCCGUCGCAAGCGCCUCCUGUCUCCGAUGCCGACGAGUCCUCUCAACCCGCCCUGCCCAGCGCCUCGCUCUUUCCCGACGGGCGCUAUGCCCACCUCUGGAAGACCUACAAGCCUCCGGCCGGCGAAGAAAAUCAGAAAGGCGCGGAGCGAGUCAUUGAGAAGUACAAGCAACGUGGUGAUACCGUACAUCGGGCCGCUAUGGAGAACUGCGCGUUGGAGCACGAGGACUUGACAUACUGCUUCCAGACUGGCACUUGGUCGAAACGAUUGAAGUCGCGCAUGUCGAUGUGCCACGAGGAGAACCACACCUUCUCUCGCUGCUUUACCACCCAGGCGAAAUUCCUCCAGGCACUCGGCUACGCCGCGGCGUUCAACUGGGACCCCGAAAGAGAAGAGCGCAUUCAGAUGCACGCCGACAAGCUAUAUCACGAAAUGAUCAACUACGAGAAACAGGUCGAGGAAUCCAAGGCGGCGGGUCAAGCACCGCCCCCCAUCACGUCUCUGUUCAAUCCCCAGGCCACGCAACAGAAAUCCGAAGGCAAUGCUGAUGCGCUGGAAAUCCCCGGCGGAGAGGCCAUCCCGGCCGGAUUCAAGCCCUCGAAACCCUUGGAGAAAUUGUCCCCUCACGAGCGGGAAUUGGAAAUUCGCUCGCAUUAUGCACAGAUGGAGCAACAGAAACUAUAUGCGCAGGAGGCCUCGCCAUUUGUGAAGGCGCAGGACGAGGCUCGAAACAAGCGACGGGAGAAGGCUGUGAGCUGGUUCGGAGAGACGGUGGGCAAAUGGAUCACGUAA